UCCGCCUAUCUUACGACAGCUCGCUCCGCGCGGAAGUUGUGCUCGAAGGGUUUACGGUGUGGGAUGUCCGUGUGUGGAGUGCAAACAGUGUAAAAAAACAACAUUAUUUUGCUGAGGACUGUAAUUCUGCUACAUAAAUAGGAUAAAGCGCUUCAAGCAACAUGCUCGGUUGUGGCAUGGUGGAGAGGCACAGACAGGUUCUGCGGAAACGUUCUGCAAUCCUUUGCAAGCAAAUGGUGGUGGACGAACUGCUCCUUCAAUGUCUGCAGGCAGACAAGAUCCUGACUGAGAACAUGGCCGAGGGCAUCCUGGCAGAGACAACGUCUCAGAAGCGAAGCUGGCGUUUGCUCAUUCUCCUUCCCAAGCGAGGCCCUCAAGCCUUCGAAAGCUUCUGCACAGCUCUGAAAGACACCGAGCAGGAACACCUGUGUGAGCUGCUCACACAGGGUUUUCUUCCUGAGGAGUCAAGGGAACAAGCAGAACGACAGCUCAUGCAAACCUCAGAGCGGAGGAGAGAGAGGUAUAGCGACUCCUCUCUUCCACUUCCCACCCAGGAUGAAACUGCAUCCAAGCGAGCAAGAAUGCAUGAGUCCAUGGAGUUCAGUCUGGAGUCGGACAGCCCCCUCACCACCCCUGUGCUCCCCUGCACACAAGAUUUCUACCUCUCUCACCGCGAAACGUCAUAUAAAAUGACUUCCUCGCCACGUGGCUUAGCCUUGGUGAUCAGCAAUGUGACAUUUGACCCGUGCACCGCACCUGACCUCGACACCAGGAAGGGAGGCGAGGUGGACGACGAGGUCCUCAGGAAGGUCUUCACAGAGCUGGACUACGUGGUCACGGUCCACAGAGACCUGACAGCGGAGGACAUGAAAACCUGCAUCGAGACAUUCCGCAGGCGUCCAGACCACCGCACAAUGGACAGCUGCGUGCUGUGUCUUCUUUCCCACGGUGUAGAAGGAGCUGUGUAUGGCACAGACGGUCAGCUCUUGCAGUUGGAGUGGGUGUUUGAGGCUUUCGACAAUGCAAGCUGCCCGCUGCUGCAGAAUAAACCCAAGAUGUUUUUUGUCCAAGCAUGCAGAGGAGAUGACCUGGACUCUGGAGUGGAGCAAAUAGAUGGGCCAGGAAGGACCAGCUCACCCAGCUGUGAACAGCGGGAUGCUGGGAGAGAAGGGACAGAGGACGCUGGUUCCAGGCAGGGAGGAAAGUUAGGGCUGCCAAGGAUUAAACUCCCCCAGCGGUCCGACAUGAUCUGCGGCUUUGCCACUCUCAAAGGCACGGCGGCCAUGCGCAACACCAAGCGAGGAUCCUGGUACAUACAAGAGCUUAACACCGCACUGCGCCGCCGUGCUGCAGACACACACCUGGCAGACAUCCUGGUGCAGGUCAACGGGCGGAUCAAAGAGCGCGAGGGUUAUGCCCCCGGCACAUCCCACCACCGCUGCAAAGAGAUGUCCGAGUUCACCAGCUCGUUCUGCAAAGACCUCUACUUCUUCCCCAAACACCAGCCCCACUUUUCCUAAUGCACUUACACACUCAACACACACACACACACCAUUCCUGCCAGUAUGCGCACACAUUCCCUCAUUCAAGCAUAUGACUGCCACACACACACACACACACGCACGCAUUCCAGCGUUACAAAGCACUCUCACUGUCAUCCAGACUUGUAUUCAUUCACAUUUUCUAUGUAAAUACUGCCUCAGCAAAACUGCACUCGGAGAUGUUGCAGGAGAAAAAGGAAGCUUAUGCUAAUCAACAUGUUCAACUUCUUGGCGUACAAUUCCGCCACUGUUAAUCCUCUCGCAUUGGCGGAAUUUUAAAAUAUGGUUUGUACACGUAUGUCAUUUUUUUUAUUGUGAUUUUAUAGGAAUGUGAGGUUAUUUUUUUAGUCACACCCUUCUUUUAAUGUUAAAGUUGUCGUGUAAUUGCAGUGACUAACAGCAGGGGGCAGCAUUGAGCAAUAAGGUUAGUGCAGUUUUUCUUCUUAUGUCACCACACCAAGAAUUAUCUUUAGCAUUCCGGAAUGUUUUCUACUCUCACAAUGAUGUAUCAUUUAUUUAGUGAAAUCCCGCUGGUAUGGUUUAAAAUUGAGGAAAAUGUGUUGUAAAUAUUGUUGUUUUUUUUUAAAUGUUAUUGUCAGGGGAAUGUGUGGUGCUACUCCGGGGUGUUUUGCCUGAACUUUGACCUUUAUGCUCACGCUGACACUUAAUCACGCUUCCCCUUGAGGGGGUGCUUCGCAUUUAGCGCCGCCUGCACGCUGUGUUUUUUUUAAAUUUUGUGUUAUUUCACUGUAUUAUACAGUGGUGAAUUAACAAGUCUUCCUUGCAAAAGAAAUAUGCAGUUUGUUAGUGCACUUUGUUUCCCAGUAUUGAUAAAUGACUGUGGUGAUUUUCACAGUGUAUUGAACCAUUUAGCCCCCCCUAAGUCUUACAUACAGACGGGGGUAUCUCUCAAUGCCAUGUGUGCAUUGAUGCUUCCCAGAAAAAAGCCCCGAACAGGCAACAUGUGUUUGGUUACAGUGUUGUGGAGGAAGAUAAUGUGUGUUGGAAGCAGUAUUGAUCUGUGACCGGAGAGGCUUUUAAGGGGCACAGUGCAUGUGUGUGUUUACCCCUCUGGAGUAUUUGUUUUAAUAAUAAGACCAGAAUGGUGCACAGUGAGGGCUUGUGAAGGUGAUGUGCUGCCAAACCUGUGCAUAGAGAAAGGGUGGGGUGUUGUUUCUGUUAUUGCCGAAUCUCCUUUACAAUAAACAAGCCAAUGUUUAUCAACAAGAA